CCUCGCGUGUCAAAACCGCAAUUCAUUGUAUCUUGACUCAAUUCAACACCCAGUCUUCCCCAUUCAAAACUGGUAACAUGCUUAAGGUGGACCCAUUUUGGGCGGAGUAAAGCCUCUCGCUAGCCUCUUCCUCUCUUGGGAAACCCCUAUUCGUGGCUGAUUACAGUCAUUUGUUGUGACGUCUACUAAUGCAACGUAAACUGUGGCUUGUAUUGAUUGGAAAGGUUUCCAAUUAGUUUCCGAUGCUUCGUUUAAUGAUAAUGGAGUGGGUACGGUGGUGCCCCAGCCCCCUGGUCUGUGGGAUGACUCGAUGGGUGUGGCGGCGGGGCACGGAACAGCAGAGCGACUGAGUGAGAAGAAUGGGCAGUAGGGGCUGUGACUGCAGGCUCGCUGUCUCCACUGGUGUCCCCACUGCGGUCCUCUACGGCUCCCUGUCCCUGUUUGUCUCCAUUCUGCACAACGUCUUCCUGCUCUACUACGUGGAGACCUUUGUCUCCGUUUAUAAGAUCGACAAGCUCUCCUUUUGGGUUGGAGAGACAGUGUUCCUGAUAUGGAACAGCUUAAACGACCCUCUCUUCGGCUGGCUGAGUGACCGCUCCUUCCUCAGCUCCCCACAAUCUGGCCCCCAGAUCUCCAGCCCAGAGGUGGUACUAAAGCGUCUGGCUGCCCUCUCUAGGAAUGGUCCCCUGUUCGCCCUCUCCUUCCUGGCUUUCUGGGUGUCAUGGGCGCGGCCGGGCCUCCAGUUCCUGGUGUGCUUGUGCUUGUAUGACGGCUUCCUCACCGUGGUGGACCUCAACCACAACGCCCUGCUGGCCGACCUGGCCGUGUCGGCCUACGACCGCACGCGCCUUAACUUCCACUGCUCUCUGUUCAGUGCCCUGGGCUCGCUCUCUGUCUUCCUGUCCUACAGCGUCUGGGACAAGGGUGACUUCUACUCGUUCCGGCUGUUCUGCGUAGCGCUGGCGGUCGUCUCCGCACUAGGCUUCACCGCCGUGUCGCGCCUGUUGAAGAGCCGCUUUCAGAAAGAGGCGCGCCUGAGACGGGACGAGGCGCUGAAACUCAAAGAGUUGAGUAUUGGCCAGGGCCCUCUAAUCCAGCAGGAGAAGCCAGUCACUCUAGGAGAGUAUCUAAGGCAGCUCUCCAAGCACAGAAACUUCAUGUGGUUCGCCUCUAUGAACCUGGUCCAGGUGUUUCACUGUCACUUCAACAACAACUUCUUCCCUCUGUUCCUGGAGCACCUCCUCUCUGACAGCAUCUCUGCCUCCACCGGCUCCAUUCUGCUGGGGAUCUCCUACAUAGCACCCCACCUGAACAACCUGUAUUUCCUGACCCUGUGUCAGCGCUACGGGGUCUACACGGUCAUCCGCUGGCUGUUCCUGGUCAAGCUGGCUCUCAGUGUGGCCAUGCUGUUGGCCGGGGCCGACCAGGUCUAUCUGCUGUGCAUCUUCAUUGCCAGUAACCGGGUGUUUACGGAGGGCACCUGCAAGCUGUUGAACCUGGUCAUCACAGACUUGGUGGAUGAGGACUUUGUGGUGAACCAGCGCCAGCAGGCAGCAUCAGCGCUGCUCUUCGGUAUGGUGGCCCUGGUAACCAAGCCUGGCCAGACCUUUGCUCCUCUCAUCGGCACCUGGUUGCUGUGUGUCUACACAGGUUAUGAUAUCUUUGAGAGAAACUCCAUACAGGACUCUGCGGCAGCGAUGGCAUCCCCUGUCUCAGGCCAAGCAGGCUUCACUGUUCCACUUCGCCAGGGCUGUUUCUACCUGCUGGUGUUUGUGCCCAUCUCCUGCGCCCUGCUGCAGCUACUGGCCUGGUCCCGCUUCACCCUCCACGGCCGCAGACUGCAGGGCGUCAAGGCCCAGAGGCAGGGAACCCAGCACAGCCACCUCAUGGAUGUCAAGGCCAUCUGAUCUGAGUCCAGCCCUUCCGCACCUUCGCUCAACUGCAUGAUGCUAUACCACCCUCUGCCACUGGGGUCAGCAGGAUGGAACACUGGAGAACAGAUUUAAAUCCCACUGUCAGGGACAAAAAUAUACUGUGAGAAUCUUGCCUUAUUUUGAUAUUAAGAGGACAAAGACUAUAUGUAUGAACUGAUGACUAAAUGAUACAGCAGAGCCAAUCAAAGAAUAAGAUUCCCAUGCCCCUCUCUGGGACAGGGCGAGUUGACCAUCCUAGGUUGAGGCGCAGCCUGGAAUGCAUUUCCAUCCCCAAAGGAACACAAAUUGUCACCAACUUUGCUAUUACAGUGUGGUUACCCAUUUUUGUAUUUUUCACCCCAUGGCAAAAUGUGUUAAAUUGCUGUGUGAAGGAAAAUAUUAAGUAUGAAGGAAAAAAAUGGGUGUAUAUACACGAGUAUAAAAUCUAAAGCCUGAUUUGCAUGGACCUUGCGCUUUAAAUUACAAUUAGUGUUGAACCAUCACCAUGCUAUUCUCUGUAUCUUUAUGAAGUACUUCUAGUACGAAUCUGCAUGUUCAGAAUUGUAAAAAGUCAAGGAACUAUUUAUCUUUAUUUGUUUUACUGUGACCAGUAUUUCUACUAUAAUAGCUGCCAUCUCCAAUAUUCAACUGAAUUGCCUCGUGUUUUCUCACGCAUUGUUGUAACGUUUGAAGUUGAUGUGUUUAGCAUUUAGUUAGCUAUUACAAAACCAGGCCCUAAACAACUUCUGUUUACAUGUGUACCCCAGUUCAGGAAAGAGAUGUACCUUUACACAGUGUACGAAACAUUAGGAAUUACCUGCUCUUUCCAUGAGACUGACCAGGUGAAAGCCAUGAUCCCUUAUUGUAGUUAAAUCCACUUCAGUCAGUGUAGAUGAAGGGUUAAAGAAGGAUUUGUAUGAAUUGCGUAUGUUUGCCAUUCAGAGGGCGACUGGGCAAAGGGGCCUUUAAGUGCCUUUGAACAGUAGGUAGUAGGUGCCAGCAAGCACCGGUUUGAGUGUCAAGAACGGCAACGCUGCUGGGUUUUUCAUGCUCAAUAGUUUCCUGUGUUUAUAAAGAAUGGUCCACCAUGCAACGGACAUCCAGCCAACUUGACACAACUGUGCGAAGCAUCCACGUGGAACGCUUUCGACACCUUGUAGAGUCCGUGCCCCGGCGAAUUGAGGCUGUUUUGAGGGCAAAUGUGGGUGCUACGCAAUAUUAGUAAGGUGUUCCUAAUGUUUUGUACACUGUGUAUAUACUGUACCAUGAAGAGAAUUGAGAAACAAAGAUUUGACUGAAAAUGUGAAACUGUUUUGCCAUGAUGAUGAAUACAUUCCGUACUUUUUCCAAAGUUUAGUUUUGAAUACUGCUGCUACAUGGUUUUCUAUGUGAACAGAGUAUUAAAGGAGUCUUAAAUUCCAUCAUAUUAGUAUUACAUUUUUUUUCUAAAGUAUUGUGAUAAUUUGAAGACACCUGGAUAGUAGUGUUUUUAAGUGACUCAGGAAUUCCAGUUUCAGCACCAUGUGAUUUACUUAGCCAGAAUGGAAAGCAGAGGUUUGAUCUUAUAAGACAUCCUUACGGUAUACAGCAGAGAUGCCUGUAUUUGCCAGUUUUGUUACGGAAUACUGUACAAUGUUUCUGUCUGGUUGUACCCCUGCUCAUUGUAGCAUCGGCCAUUUCCGACCAUCUUUGUGACCUUUUAUUAAAGUGAUCUCACUACUUGA